AUGGAAAAGAAAAGCUCAUCACAAACUUCGGGCUCACCCCCCGUUGUUCAGUCAUCUCCUUCUGUUAAGCAAUCUACGCCUUCAGAAAAAUCUAAUAAAUCGACAACACCUGCUCAACAAUCGACACCUUCUGAUAAGUCUAAUAAAUCACCUUCAGUUCAACAAUCCACGCCAUCCGAAAAAUCCAGUAAAUCUUCGGCUUCGAUUCAACAGCCAUCUCCGCCUUCUGACCAAGCAACAAACGGUUUUCUUUUUAAUAAUGUUCCGACACUCUGAAAUGAAGAAGAAUA